GACACCAAUUUAGCUCAUCAACCUUCAACAACCGUAUUGAAAAGAAAGAAGUAAACGAAACAAACCCAUUAAUUGUUCAUCCGUCCCCCCAUAUUCUUCCUUGAAUGUGGCAUCCCCUUGCCUGUCCACUUAACAAACUUCACCCACUAACUCUCUUCUUCCCUUAUUUAAAUCUCCCAAUCAAUCCUUAUUUCAGAUCUUCAUCUUCUUCCACUUAGAUCCAUUUAUUUGUUUAGAGCUCCAACAAUGGGGUUUUCUUUAUUAAACCAUCUUAAAAUCCAACCCACAUGGGUCAUCCUUCUUUUUACCAUUGGUUCUUUCACUAUUCUAAAAACCCUUUUGGGAAUCCUGAAAUGGGUUUACGUCAGUUUUCUUAGACCCCCAAAAAAUUUGAAGAAAUAUGGUUCUUGGGCUGUUAUUACUGGUCCCACAGAUGGUAUUGGUAAAGGCUUUGCUUUUCAAUUAGCUAAAAAAGGGCUUAAUCUAAUCUUAGUGGGUAGAAAUCCUGAUAAACUUAAAGAUGUUUCCGAUUCAAUCAAGAGUAAAAAUGGGAAUAUUCAGAUUAAAAAUGUUGUGGUUGAUUUUUCUGGGGAUUUAGAUGAAGGUGUUAAGAGGAUUCAAGAAACAAUUGAGGGUUUAGAUAUUGGAAUUUUGAUCAAUAAUGUUGGUGUUUCAUACCCUUAUGCUAGAUUUUUCCAUGAAGUUGAUGAACAAUUAUUGAAGAAUUUGAUUAAGGUUAAUGUUGAAGGGACUACUAAAGUUACUCAUGCUGUUUUACCUGCCAUGAUUAAGAAAAAGAAAGGUGCUAUUGUUAAUAUUGGUUCUGGUGCUGCCAUUGUCAUUCCUUCUGAUCCUCUUUAUUCUGUUUAUGCUGCCACUAAAGCAUAUAUUGAUCAGUUCUCAAGGUGCCUAUAUGUGGAAUACAAGAACAUGGGAAUUGAUGUUCAGUGCCAGGUUCCACUCUAUGUAGCAACCAAGAUGGCCUCAAUCAAGAGAUCUUCCUUCUUUGUCCCAUCGACCGACGGCUAUGCUAAGGCCGGUAUUCGCCACGUAGGCUACGAGCCUCGUUGCACUCCUUACUGGCCGCACUCCUUAAUCUGGGGCAUUUUGUCGUGUGUGCCCGAGAGCUUUGUUGAUUACUGGCGUCUAGGUUUCUGUCUAAAAAUCCGAAAGAAAGGCCAACUCAAGGACUCCAGAAAGAGGGAGUAAUCACGAAAACGUGUUUUUUUAAAGGAAAGAUCGGGCUGUUUUGGUCCUAAGAUGUGUAUCAAAUGCAAAUGUUGUGCUUACUUAAAUUUAUGCCCAAGAGAAUUGAUCAUAGUUCUUUUGAACCAUUAGGGUGGUUUUGCACUUCUGCACUGAACUAUUGUCUUUGUAAUGGGAUAACUUUUUUUUUUUUUUAAUGUUUUUACUUUGUGUUAAUUAUUGUUUAUGAACACUGAUGGGAUCUUGAUUAGUAAUUGAGGUUGCAUCAUUAGUAUUUAUCAUAGUUUACAAAUUUAAGUAUCAUUCUCCCAUUGCUCAUCAAUCUUCUUUUGAUUACGGAAUAAGCAUUCAAAUGCAUCUA